AUGAGUUCCUUGCUAAGAACCCCCCCCCCGCUCUGGCUCACUCUCUACCACCUAGUCACCCGUCUCCCUGACUCUCUGCGUGCAGUCAGGGAUCACUUCCUAGCUCGCUGCCCCACUGAGCUCACCAUUGCCCUCAUCGAGAAGAAACUCCUUGCAGCUGAGGCUAGUAUAGUUGCUGUAGGUGCCUCUCGUGGCGACCCCCGCACCCCUUUCUUUGAGGGGUGUUCCCCUUCCCCCCUUCUUCCCUCUGUAGCCUCUGCUUCUGCUGUCGACCUCCUUGGUGCUGAGAAGGUCGGGACUGCGUCUGCUUCGAGCGGGCGCCGCAGGGGCAAAGGGGGCAAGGGAGGCGGAGGUGACGGCGGGGGAGGCGGUGGUGGAGGCGGUGGCGACGGUGGGGGUGGUGGUGGGGCUGGAGGGACUGGUGGCAGCGGUGGGGGUGGUGACGGCAGCGGCGGGGGCGGUGGCAGGGGCGGGGGCGGUGGUGGGGGCGGCGGUGGUCGCGGAGGCGGCAGGGGAGGGGGUGGUCGAGGAGGUGGCGGCGGCGGUGGUGGUCGUGGAGGCGCUGGCAGUGGCCAGAGCCAGCAGCACACUCCGUCACCCCAGGAGGCCCGUGAGUGGUACUCUCAGCACGGGGGGGGGAGGGGUGGACUUAGCUGCACGUACGUCAUCCGCACUGGUGACCGCACUGGUCAGACGUGUGGGAGGGCGCACACCACGCAGCGCUGCUUCUCUCGCCUCGAUGACGCCUGGCGUACUCAGUUCCCUGAUGCCACUGAGCUGCCCCGCUGGUUUGAUCUGAUGAAGAAGGGAGUUGAUAUCUAUGCUCUAGACUUUGAUGCUAUUCUCACUGCCAUGUAUGUGAUGUCUACUAGUGGAGAGGGUGCUCAGUACCUGUGUGUUCCGCCCGACCCGGGCAUUCGGACCAGUGAGGCUGCUGCUCUAGGUGCUAGUGAGACUGCCACUCUAGGUACUCGCGUGUCUACUACCCCAGGUGCUGGUGCGGCUGCUGCUCUAGGUGCUCGUGAGUCUGUGCCCCCUGGUACUGAGUCGACUGCGGCACUGCACACCUUCACACUGGACUCAGGUGCUUCUCGCUGUUUCUUUCGUGACCGCACUGUCCUUGAGCCACUCGCUCGGCCAGUUGCUGUCUCCCUCGCUGACCCCUCUGGGGGUCCGGUCAUUGCGACCUCCUCCACUGUCCUUCCUUGUCCUGCGGUCCCGUCGGGCACACUGUCAGGUCUCCACCUCCCCUCGUUCUCUACGAACUUGGUGGCGGGUUGUGCGCUCCAGGACGGGGGUGUUCACCAGUUCACCCCUGCCUACGAGCGCGUGACACACUGCACGUGUGCUCGGACGGGCCGUCACCUGGCUACCUUCACUCGGCAGCCGGGGUCGGACCUGUACACACUGACCACUGAGUCCCCUCAGGUAGCUGCGUCCGCGUCUGCGUCUGCGUCAGGUCAGCUGUCGGCCCCCUGCUCGUGUCGCUCUCUGGCGCACGAGACCGUCCUCUGGCACCACCGACUUGGUCACCCGUCUGUGCAGCGCCUUCGUGCCAUGCACAAACGGUACCUUGUCUCUGGUCUUCCCAGGGUUCUCCCUCCCUCGCCUGCUCCUCCCUGUCUUCCCUGUGUCGAGGGGCGGCAGCGCGCCGCUCCUCACUCCUCCUCUUUUCCCUCGAUGAUUGCUCCCUUGCAGACGCUCCACAUGGACGUGUGGGGCCCAGCCCGCGUCCGUGGACAGGGUCAGGAGAGGUACUUCCUGAUCGUUGUUGACGACUUCUUGCGCUACACCACGGUCUUCCCCUUGCGCACCAAGGGUGAGGUCCCUGAUGUCUUGAUCCCUUGGAUCCGCAGAGCUCGUCUCCAGCUCAGCGAGCGUUUCCGCUCGGACUUUCCUGUCCUGCGUUUGCACUCUGACAGAGGUGGUGAGUUCUCCUCCGACCUCUUGGCAGCCUACUGUGCGGAGCACGGCAUUGAGCAGUCGUUCACGCUUCCGGCCUCUCCACAGCAGAAUGGGGUUGCUGAGCGCCGCAUUGGCUUGGUCAUGGAGGUCGCUCGUACCUCCUUGAUCCAUGCGGCUGCCCCCCACUUUCUGUGGCCGUUUGCGGUCCGAUACGCUGCGCAUCAGCUCAACCUCUGGCCCCGUGUCUUCUUGCCGGAGACUUCCCCGACACUGCGUUGGACGGGAGAAGUUGGAGAUGCGUCGCGUUUUCGGUUUUACCACGCCACCUCGCGCCGUGUCCUGCCCUCUCAGGACGUCACUUUUGACGAGUCCGUCCCCUACUACCGCCUCUUCCCCUACCGCACUGCCCCGCUCCCCCCCCCCCCGCCUCUCUUCCUAGCUCCAGGUGCUGCUGUACUAGACCCCCUCCCCCCUCAGGGUGCCGCUCCCUCAGGUGUGUCCCAGGUAGGCCCGGUGGAGCCUGUCGAGGUAGCUGUCGACUCUCGUCCUGCUAGGGGUGCUGAGUCCGAGCGUGCGGAGCCUGGGAGUGCGGAGCCUGGGGGAGCUGAGUCUGGGGUUGCGGAGUCUGGGGGUGCUGAGCCUGGGGGUGCUGAGCCUGGGGGUGCGGAGUCUGGGGGUACUGAGUCUGGGGGUGCUGAGUCUGGAGGUGCUGAGCCUGGGAGUGCUACACCUGGAGGAGCCCUCUCCUCACAGCAGCUGCAGGAGAGGUACUUACAGUACUGCAGCCUCAGGAGAGGUGCUUCUGGAGCCAGGAGUGCUGCUGGAGCUGGUACUAGUGCUUCCCCUCCUAGACGGGAGCUGCCCUCCCUUCAGCGGAUCCGAGAGUGGUACACGCGGCGCUGCAGUCUUCGGAGUGGCGCUCCUGGUGUCGCGGACCCUGGAGUUGGAGCUGCUGCUGGUGCUGCGGACCCUGGAGUUGGAGCUGCUGCUGGUGCUGCGGACCCUGGAGUUGGAGCUGCUACUGGUGCUGCGGACCCUGGGGUUGGAGCUGCUGCUGGUGCUGCGGACCCUGGAGUUGGAGCUGCUACUGGUGCUGCGGACCCUGGAGUUGGAGCUGUGGCUGGUGCUGAGGACCCGGGCGUUGGAGCUGCUACUGGUGCUGCGGACCCUGGAGUUGGAGCUGUGGCUGGUGCUGCGGACCCGGACGUUGGAGCUGCUGCUGGUGCUGAGGACCCUGGCGCUGGUGUCUCUGCUGGUUCUGGAGACGCUGCGCGGCCGCGACCUCACAGUUACCACCUCCUUAGAGUGUCCUCCGCCUCGCCUCUCCCUGGUCCUUCUCCUUACACUGGUCCCACAGGAGGUCUUACGGAGCGUCGUGAGCCUGAGUCUCGUCCUGUGUCGCCUGCGUCUCGCUCUGCGUCGCCUGUUUGUACUGCUCGCACUGGUCGUCGUGUCCCACGUGAGCGUCCUCCUCCUGUCCCUGGCACUCACUCCAUGACUCUGCGUCCCUCCACUGCUCCUCAGCGUGUCCCUCUGCCGUCUCCUCCUGCGUCCUCUUUGCCUCACGUUCCGGACCCUGAGUCUGACCGGUUUCGUGCUGCGCACCCUACUGUCACGCGUCUGUUAGCCACUGUUGUCACUGACCCGUCGUUUGAGUCUACUGCUGCGUCUGCCUUAGUCGCUGAACUUGUUGACUUUGCUGCUGCCUGUCGUCUAGACUACGCCGCUAGUCUUGUUGCUAAGUCUGAGUCUGUCUGUCCUCCGUCCGUCGGGGGUGAGUGUGCUCUUGGCACGGACGUCCUUGAGGACAGACAGGAGGAGUUCCAGUGCUUUGCUGCUGCUUUGCCCCAUCUCGUGUCCGUGAUAGUUGCCCCUGAGGGAGACCCGGAUGCACCAGACAUCCCGACUCCGCGCUCUUACGCGGAGGCGAUAGAGGGUCCCUACUCUUCUCAGUGGCAGACAGCCAUGGACGCGGAGAUGGCUUCCUGGAAGUCCACAGGCACCUACGUCGACGAGGUUCCCCCACCUGGGGCGAACAUCGUCAAUGGCAUGUGGAUUUUCAGGGUGAAGCGGCCGCCGGGUUCUCCUCCUGUCUUCAAGGCGCGCUACGUUGCUCGAGGCUUCAGUCAGCGAGAGGGAGUAGACUUCUUCCAGACCUUCUCCCCCACCCCGAAGAUGACCACUCUUCGGGUGCUGCUGCACAUAGCCGCUCAGCGCGACUACGAGCUUCACUCACUUGACUUCAGCACUGCUUUCUUACAGGGCAGCCUGCACGAGGAGAUCUGGCUGCGCUGCCCUCCUGUCUUCACUUGGUCGUUUCCUCCUGGUACCCAGUGGAGCCUCCGGCGGCCGGUCUACGGUCUCCGCCAGGCGCCACGUGAGUGGCACGACACACUGAAUACGAUACUUGCGGCUCUUGGGUUCGCUCCUUCUGCUGCUGACCCGUCGCUGUUUCUGCGCACUGACACGUCGCUGCCGCCGUUUUACAUCCUCGUGUACGUCGACGACUUGGUCUUUGCCACUGCUGACACUGCGGCACUCGCCCACGUGAAGUCGGAGCUGCAGAAGAGACACACGUGCACAGACCUGGGUGAACUGACAAGCUAUCUUGGCUUGCGGAUCACCCGGGACAGAGCACGGCGCACCAUCACCUUGACUCAGUCACACAUGGUGCAGCAGGUCCUUCAGCGCUUCCGCUUCACGUACUCCUCGCCUCAGUCCACUCCUCUACCUACCGGUCACUCGCUCUCAGCUCUGCCUUCGGAUGAGUCUGUAGAGCCGAGUGGCCCGUAUCCAGAGCUUGUGGGCUGCCUCAUGUACCUGAUGACCUGCACUCGACCUGACCUUGCAUACCCUCUUAGCAUCCUUGCACGCUAUGUCGCUCCUGGCCGUCACCGGAAGGAGCACAUGGAUGCCGCUAAGAGGGUGUUGCGCUACUUGUGCAGUACGUUGGGCAUGGGGCUAGUGCUUGGAGGGCGAGACCGAGUUGUACUCACUGGGCACUCAGACGCUUCUUGGGCGGACGACCAGGCUACUCAGCGGUUGUCUCAGGGUUACACCUUCAGUCUUGGCUCUGGUUCAGUUUCUUGGCGUUCUACACGCUCUUCUUCUGUUCUCAGCUCCAGCUGUGAGGCUGAGAUCUACGCCACAGCCAUGGCAGCCCAGGAGCUACGCUGGCUUACCUACCUGCUGACCGACUUGGGAGAGUGGCCUCGUUCUCCUCCAGUGCUGUACGUCGACAACAAGGCCGCCAUUGUCGUGUGUAAGGAGCACAGACUGGAGCAUAGAACGAAGCACAUCGCUCUGCGCUACUUCCUUGCUCGAGAGUUAUAG